CAGAUGCGCUUUGCCUUCGGCAGAGUCCAUGCAGGGCUGUGGCGGGGAAGUUCCCGCAGGUAGGAGACGAUCCUAUCAGCUGUGCAGCGGCUGAACCUUUUGGUGCGGGCUCAUGAGCGUGCCAGCCGCUGGGAGGCAGCUCUUGCGCUAUUCCUGCGGGCAGAACUCAGCAUUGUCGCCUUUACCUCCUUGGUGGCUGCUUGUGGCAAGGCACAGUGGCCGUUGGCUCUGCAACUGCUGCACCUGGCACAGAGUCGUCGCCUGGUCUUGGACAUUGUGGCCUUCAAUGCGGUACUGGCAGCACUGGCACGUGCCGGCAAGGGUCAGGAAUGCCGACGGAUGACAGCGACUUCCUUCUUGAUGAAGGCCAAGGUGGCUCAACGCAUCGUGACACACAAUACGACUAUCAUGGCCUUGGCGAACGAGUCCUCUUGGCGAGAAGCGUUGGCUGUUCUGGAAGGGAUGCAGCAGCAGAAAUUACAACCCAAUCUGGCGUCAUAUCUUUGCAGCUUGGGCGCCCUGCGGGAAGCAAAGCAGUGGCAGCUGGCGAUUCACUGGCUAAGGAGGCAGUGUCCUCACGACGUGGAGAGCUUUAAUGCGGUGUUGGCCGUUUGUGAGGCUGCUGCACAGUGGGAAAGAGCGCUGCAGCUGUGCACAGGUGCAGGAAAAACUACAUCAACGGAUUUGGUUGGCUUCAAUACACUUAUCUCCGCCUGUGCCAGAGGAAGUGAGUGGCAGCAGUGUCUUCGCUUGCUUUCCUCCAGACAAAGUGAUGUCAUUGGCUUCAACAGUACCCUGAGUGCUCUAGCUGCUGCGCGUUGCUGGGAUCACGCCUUGGCGUUACUCCAAACAAUGAGAGACCCUUUGCCGAAUGUGGUUUCCUACAACACAACCAUCAGUGCCUGUGCAGACUGCGAAGGAGAGGAAUGGGAGCAUGCCAUGGGCCUGUUGACGCAGAUGCAGUUGGACAACUUGCAGCCGGAUCGCAUCAGCUUCAAUUCUUUGAUGGCGGUCACGAAGUCUUGGAGUCUUUGUUUGCUGAUCUUGGAGGAGACCAUGGCCUCUGCGGAUGCCACGACCUUUGCCACCGCACUGCACGUCUUGGGCACAGCUGGGCAGUGGCGACGCUGUUUGGAGAUCCUUCAGCAGAUGCAGGGUCCUGAUCUCAUGGCGAGUAUGGCGGUCUUCCAUGCAGCGCAUGUGGCAUCUGCGUCACUGCUGUGUUGGGCGCUGCGGGGUGCCAUGGUGAAGGCCUUUAACCACACCUUGGCCGAUGUGGCAGGGUCGGUCAGGAGACGACUGCGAGUGGAAGCCACUAUGCAGUUGGGGAAACUGGAGAGUUGCGUAUGUGCCUGGCAAGGAGGCGGUAGGCAUCAGCUCAUGGGACUCAUGGAUGCCACUGCUGCAUUGGCGCAGCUGGGAGGCAAAUUUCCAUCACAGGCUGGCCACCUUCGCCAUCCGCAUAAUUUGGAGGCAUUCUUGCUCUUGCCCCCAGUGGCUGCAAGGCAUCUAGCAGAGGCAAAACACCUCUGGGGCUCGCCUGGUGCGCCGCUUUCGCGGCUUGUGAUAGGUGUUGCCGAUGCCCAAAAAAAGGAUGUGAUUCACCCUGGUGCUUUGAUCCAUCAUGGAAUGAAGAUGGAUAUUCUUGUGGGGCUGCAGGUUCAACAAGCCAAGCAACCAUCAAGAUGGUGUGGGUCAAGCACGUAA